UCGGCCUUUUCUUAUUUGAGCCUCGAAAGGCGAUGAUCUCACUGGCUAUCAACAUGUUCAUACCUGCGGGGCGCUUCUUACCGAAUUCUGAAGAUUAUCCGCCUGAUAAUGUCGCUCCACCUUAUUGUUGAUCAUACAUAAGAUGGUCCGUCUGGUCGCGUUACAUUUCCUUCUGGCUGGGGCCACUUGGUUCGUUACUUGCGACGCCCGCAGCAUUACAUGGCUGCUCGUCCCCUUCAACUCAAAGCCCCAGGCAGCCUCGCAGGCACUUUGGCCGAGUACGAAGCCCCCAACCAGUCCUCCGACACCUCUAAUGCGCCAGUCGACUCCGAACCUACCCAACCCGAGAUCCCCGAACGACCAGGAUCAAAGUCACUCUAUGAAUUUACUCUUCCUUCAUUGCAUUUUCUACGCUGGCGACCGCUAUACCACGUCCAAGCCCCGACAGGGUGGAUGAAUGAUCCCUGUGGCCCUGGGUACGAUGCGACAACUGGACUAUAUCACCUCUUCUUUCAGUGGAAUCCUCGACGGAAUCUUCACGGCUCCGUUGCUUGGGGCUCCAUCCAUUGGGAUCAUGCAUUCUCCAGGGAUAUGAUCAAUUGGACCAUAUCAGGUAUCAGCGCUCUCACACCUGAGGCGUGGUAUGAUAAAGAGGGCUGCUUCACCGGUUGUCUUGUGCCCACAAGUCCUGACGGCCAGCCAGGUCAGUUAACAAUUCUCUACACCGGCGUCGGUCGCCUGCCGUUACAUUAUACCCUGCCAUAUACUCGAGGGACAGAGACAUUGGCCCUUGCAGAGUCGUCAGAUGGUGGCUUGACCUGGUCUAAGACGAAGGCGAAUCCUAUUCUGCCAGAGCCACCUGUUGGAAUUGAUGUGACGGGUUGGAGAGAUCCCUAUGUGUCGAGAUGGCCUGCUAUGGAUCGAUUAUUGGACAUUGACCCAUCAGAAGAUAUAAUGUACGGCAUGAUCUCGGGCGGUGUUCGACACCGCACCCCGACUGCAUUUCUCUACGCUGUCAAUCCAUCCAAUUUGACUCAGUGGAGAUAUAUAAACGCAAUCGUCGAUGUUGGUCUGAAUCACAACAUCUCAAGAUGGUCAGGUGAUAUGGGCAUCAACUGGGAAUGUGCCUGCUUCAUGACAUUGAGUGACCAUGACAACGAAUCUAGCAGAGAAUUCAUCGUUGUUGGAGGAGAAGGCACAGACACUUCUCACCCUGAGUCAACAUUUGCUGCUUAUCCUCAAGAAAGUACCAAAUUCCCUCGAACAGAGCGUUCUCUGCAGUGGAUGUCGGGGACAUUAACCACCAAUAUGAAUGACCAAGGCCAAAAGGUGCCCAAGAUGGAGUACACUUUUGGGGGCAAAUUCGACCAUGGGCUCCUCUACGCCGUCAACAUCUUUCGUGAUCCGGCGACAUCCAAACAGAUAGCAUGGGGUUGGAUCACCGAGGAAGACUUACCACAGAAAUUGGUUGACCGUCAAAAUUGGAGCGGCUUACUGUCAUUACCUCGCGAAUUAAGCUUGAUCACGUUGAAAGGUGUCACCAAGGCACUUAAUUCAAAACUGAAAGAAAUCACUUCCCUGGAGGUCACACCGGAGUCAGAGGAUACAUUUAUUAUCCGGACCCUAGGCGUUGCACCCGCAUCGUGUCUCCAGGCACUACGAAGGGACACUCGGCAAGUAGCGAUCGAGGGAUCACCGACCUUGACACCGGUAGGAGACUGCUUCAUGGGGGUUCAGACUUGCCGCUUCGAGCUGUCCGCUCUUCUCCAGGUUUCAGACGCUUGUACCCGCAUCGGAUUGAGCAUAUUUCAUAAUGAAGACCACGACAUUACGUCCUCAACCUCCAUAUAUCUUGUUCCGGAAACGGAAACACUCCAGAUUGAACGACCAGAUUCUACCAAAAUCGACCCCAAUAUACUUACCUUUGCCGAGUCAGCUCCUUUUACCCUAUUCUCAUUCAAAAGGGGCGGUUACCAGGAAAGAGAACUGCUGGAAUUAAGAGUGUUUUUCGAUGAAUCGGUGGUCGAGGUGUUUGCAAACUCGAGAUGUACCUUCUCGACAAGAGUAUACCCUGCAUCGAAACGAUGCUGGGGACUGAAAUUUUGGGCCGAGGAUGAGAGUAGACAAAGUACACUCGUGCAUGCGCAGGCAUGGGAUGGGCUUAGAGCUGAUAUGAAAGUCGCAUAACUAGAGAUACAAAGUCCUUAGCCACUCGAUCAUAUAUCACAAUUGUCUAAUGAGUCUAUCGGCAUCACCAUCGGGCCAAUGAUUGCUGUUAUGAUAGAAACAA